UUUAUUGGUAUUAAACCUAAUAUAAAAAUAUAGGACAUGACUCAUACUUGAGAUUUGGGAGUUUCGUCAUUUUAGAAAUUUUUUCUUUAUUCUUUGACAGAUGGAACUGCAUGCUACACUCUCCUCUUCAGAUUAAUCUUUUUCCGGCAUGAUUUCUCCUGACAUCAUUAUCAAAUUACAUCAUUUUUCUACUAUAAAUCUACUCAAAUCCUAGGAUUUUACAAUUUAAUUUCUGUUUUUCUUCAAUUUUUUUCACUCAAUUUCAUUGCUACAAAACCCUAAUUUCCGACUAUUUUAAGGGUUGAUCUGUAAAUGUCGACUACAAAUGCAUCCUACAAUGGUAGGAGAAGUAGCAGUAAUCGCCGCAUUAUUGAAUCGACUCCAAUGGAAGGUGAUACAAGCUUGAUUACAAGCAACAAUGGCGGCAGUGUUAGUGGUAGUAAUCCAGAAGCAGUGAAAUUGUAUGAAGCAAUUAUAUUUUCUGGUCCAAUCGUGUUCACAUUGAUCAUCAUUUUCUUGUUUUACUUCUUUUAUCUUCGAAGGCAUAGUGUUGAUUGGUCUUCUCUUCGUAUGCGAGCUUCUAAUUCUGCUGCUGUCGCCGCCGCCGCUUCCGAUGCUGUUGUGGUGGUUGAAUUGGGGUUGAAGAAAGAAUUUAGGGAGAUGCUGCCAAUUAUUGUGUUUAAGGAGAGCUUUUCUGUUAGAGAUACACAAUGCUCAGUGUGCUUAGGGGAGUACCAAGCAGAAGAUAAGCUUCAACAGAUACCUGGAUGUGGUCAUACAUUUCAUUUGUACUGCAUCGACCUUUGGCUAGCCACUCAUACCACCUGUCCACUCUGUCGCCUUUCCCUUAUCAGUUCAUCCAAAACCCCACCAGCCUCGGAGUCUGAGAGUAACGAUCAGACUGAUAGUAGUAGAUCUGAAGACUCAGAGAAUGUAGAUGACACCCUUCGGCUAAGCAGAGUGCAGGUUUUGUGAUUUAGCUCUCCUUUAUGGGAGAAACAGGAACGUGUGAGAUGAUUUUAAAGAAGGUAGGAACCUGUACAGGGAUGACAGAAAUCUAGGAUACGAGAUGGCUGUAGGUAAAUCUUAUCUGCAAUCUCAUUGCUUCUUGUUGUGCUAUGGACGAGUUGUUCUGCUGUGUUGGAACAUUUGCCUGAAUUUAAGUGAGAAAGGGUUUCCUGUAUCAUGUGAACUCCGGCAUCAGUGUUGAAUCAAAUGGCAUUGUAUCCUGCGAGUGUUUAUCCACCGAGGAACCUGUACUUGUCCAGACUCCAGAGAGGGCUAUUGAUUGUGUUGUCUCGUAUUCGUGUAGAAGUAUGUAAAACUAAUAAGCUAUUUAAAUUAUCUCCUGUAGUUGCUUGUAGUGAAUCCAUGUAAAAUAAGUAUAUAUAUUUUUUAAUCAAUGUCUUCAUGUGUAUAAAACAUGGCAAAGAAGAUUAGUCAAUGCUGCUAAGGUUGUGUCAUGGCAAUCAGCUAAUCAGAAGAUUCUAAUCUGUUGAGAGGAGGGUUGUCAGUACAGCACAAUCAGUAGCAAAAGCUUUUACAGUACAAUAAGUCCCCUUCUCCACGUCCACUCUUAUUUGUUUUCAUUUGGGCUUUCCUCAUGCUUCUAAUAAGUAACUACAUACCUUGGAAAUUUCCGUUUGUUUUCAUUUGGGCUUUCCUCAUGCUUCUAAUAAGCAACUACAUACCUUGGAAAUUUCUGUGUCCCCCAUCAACUCUUACCAAGUAAUUCCAUUCCAUUUUGGACUCGGACGUGGGCUUUGCAAUUCAGUAUCUUCAAAACCAUAAUUAUCCCAGGAGUACCCCAAUUUCUCCUCUUCCUGCUUGGCAAUGGGCUUAGAUGGAUCAAAGCAUUCAAGAGAUAGCAAGAAUGCCAAGUCCAAUUCCUCUAUAUUCAAAAAAUCUUCUUCUUCUUCAGUGGCCCAAGCAAGAUCAUCUUUUUCCAAAUCAGAGAGGAUAGGGUUCAAGGUUUCUAAGGGAUGAACAGUUUGUACUUCUCAUAGAGAUAGGAGUAGAAAGAUUGUCACAUGGGCUAUAAGCAUAGAUUUUUAUCGCCUAGAUCUGAUGGUAGUUUACUUGCUUACUUGAACAAGUAUGGAUUUCACUUGGUUAUAAAGAAUGAUUAUAAAUUUAACAUUAGAUUGUUCUCAUAUAAGGCCCUAUUUUGUUCGAUUUUAUUUCAAAUAAAAUAAGUUUGGACGAAUUAAGUUUAA